GUUAUUUGACUGUUUUUUUUUUCACAGUAGGUACCUACCAGCAAAAUAAGCAAAUAAAUAAAGAGGCGAGGAGCCGUUGAUACCGGCCAGUAUUAACUUUGUAAGAGAACCUCGCGUCCGGUCAAGGCUUUUCGAGUUUAAUUCAAAUAUUACGACAUAGAACUUAUUGAUGAUGGUACUAUAAUUAAUAUUUGAAUAUCGAACGACAAUACAAAAAAAAUUGAACUUGGACCGCUUGCAGUGAGUGAAAACCAGUUUAUUAGUGUAAAAUUUAUAGUUUGUUUACAUGGAUAAAUGGAUGUGCGCUUAUCUUUUAAAGCAAUGAAGCUCCGUUCGACCUUUAAGCAAAAUGGACCCAAAGCACCAUACUAAAAACAAUCCUUUAGAAAGAAACUGAAGUAUAGGAGCAAAGAUGCUUUAUGUGAUAAUAUUUUUAACUUUUAUUAUAAAUCACGAUGUUUCAUGUGGUUUUAGACGAUAUAAAUACUCACGAAGUGUGGACACUGGCCAAUUUAAUAGUCAGAGUCCUUGUCCCAACGUGUUUCAAUACCAAAAUGACGAAAACGGAAACCUGAUUGGGGCUGUUAUGGUGGACCUUACAGAUGGUGAUGGACGGAUUCAGUUAGAUAUUGAAAUGUCUGUUGGGAAUCCGGUACAAGGUUAUAAUGGUAAGAUAGUAUUGGCAGACGACCGUCAAAAAGUCAUAAGUAACAUAAUGAACCGGAAGCCGAUAUUCUAUAGAGUACUGUUUCCGGCCUGGAGCAAUAUUCCACCACGAAUCACCAAAAUUUCCGUAAAUGGAAAUCUGAUUUGUAGUGGACCUAGAAUACCCAUACAAAUGGUGCCAGUUCUAACAAUAAUAAACCUUCAGCACAAGCUGAGCCUGGGAGUAACACCUUUGGCUUCAUCGUCUGACCCUACUAUCGAUAACUCUCCAAAUUUUAAUAGCUUAGGUCCAGAAACUUCGAACCCUGAGUUUGACAUCAGAGCGGACCACACUCCAUCCGCCUCAAAUAAUAAGUUUGAAGACUUUAAUCCUGGCCUGAAUAACCCUUUCCAUUUUAACCCUAAUAGACCAGAACCUCCUCCUCAUGGGCCUCCGCAUGGACCUCCAGGACCCCCUGGAGGCAGACCUCCCCCAGGAGGACCUGGUAGACCUCCUCCACAUUUUGGACCACCUCCUCCAGGUCCUCCUCCAGGUCCCCCUCCUGGUCCCCCUCCAGGUCCUCCACCAGAUUUAAAUCCCAAUAAUCCGUUUUUUAAUGGAUUGUCGACACCUGACCCCAAUAGAGAUUCCGAUGUCAAAAUAAAUGACCAAAAUCCGUUCUUUAGUCAACGUACUGAUAGACCGGUUUUAACAACUAAAGUACCUUCAAGGGAUUCAUUGCCCCAGACCUCCACAGACAACUUAGACCGAAUAUGCGGACGACCAAUAACGACUAACUCUUUAAUAGUGAAUGGCCAGUCAGUGCCUAGAGGGGCUUUUCCCUGGUUAAUAGCCAUUUUCAGGCAACUAGAGAAUCUUAGUCUCAAUUAUAUAUGCAGCGGAUCGCUUAUAUCAGCAAAACACGCUGUUACUGCUGCCCAUUGUGUAAAAACGGAGUAUCGACGCGUAAAACCUACAGAGAUCGUAUGCGUUCUUGGCAAAAUGAACAUUAGAAAGUGGGCUACUGCCUCUGGGGAACAAAUGGUUGAGCCAGAUUCUAUUAUAGUUCAUCCUGACUACGAACCAGGAACAGCCAAUGCAGACAUUGCAAUAAUGACUUUCCCAGACCCAAUACCAUUUAGUAAAAUUAUUAUGCCCGUGUGUCUUUGGAGAGGUAACAAUGACCUUACCCAAGUGGUUGGCAAUAUAGGGACAGUUGUAGGUUGGGGCAGAGAUGAAAACGGUGACAUAAGCACUGCAGAACCCAGACAAGUCAACAUGCCUAUCGUAGACAACUUGGAAUGCCUCAAAGGUGGAAGUUCUACAGCAGGCCAAGCUUUGGUCGAAAUUGUAUCAAAAAAUACUUUCUGUGCUGGCUUCAGAAACGGCUCGGGUCCAUGUAAUGGAGACAGUGGCUCGGCGUUUCUACUAAGGAAAAAUGGAAUAUUUUACUUAAGAGGUGUGGUGUCCACUGCCCUAUCGGAAGCCACACAUAGAUCAUGCAAUCUAAAAGAGUAUGUGGUGUUUACCGAUGCAAGCAAGUAUCUCGAGUGGAUAAUGAGUAUUAUGAAGCAAACUUAGAUUUAAGUAUAUAGAAAAUAUAUUUUUUGUUUUUA